GCAGUAUAACCUUAGCAGGGUAAACAGGAAAGCCCAGCUCCAGUUGAGCUCCUGUCACUGGUUCCACUGGUUCAUAUGGUCAGUCGCUUUGAUCCGGGUAACUUUAGAAGUUUUUUCCAGCGGAGCUCCAGCGUCUUGAUGAAAAGCUCCCCUUCCGGUGAGGAGGCAGCCUGACGCCGCAGCUGCUCAGCGGCCCGCAGGUCGGAGCUCCUGGGAGGCUUUGGCUCCAACAUGCGGCUAAGCUGAGGGGCCUCCAUCGCUGCAGGUCCAGGACCAUCAGCUCCUUAUGGCUGUUUAUGAUGAGAACAUCCUGAAGAAUCCGUUCUACCUGGCCUUGGAGAAGCAGAGACCUGACCUCUGCAGGAAUGUGGCAGACUUCCACGGCAUCGUUCUGGUUCCGUGUUGUGGAAGUUUGGCCGCCAGCAGCUACUCAGACUCUCACUUUGACAGCUACGUCCUGCAGCCUGUGGAGGACAGAUACAAGACUGUGAACGGAAAGGAGGUCAGAAUCCAGGACAGGACAGUUCUGCUGGGAUCUGGCUUCCCCUCUCCCUCUGUGGUGCCCAUCCUGUUUGAGGAAACCUUCUACAAUGAUCAGGAGCAGAGCUACAGCAUCCUGUGCAUCUCCAGACCCCUGGAGGUGGAGCCCACCCCCGCUGAGGUCAGUCCACCCCCAGCUUACUGUCUGCGGAGCCUGGAAGAUGUCCGGGAGUUCCUGGGCCGUCAUGCCCUCAAACUAGACCGCUUCAUCCAAAGCUUCUGUCAGGCUUUUGAGGAGCAGGAGAAGAAGGGACUCCGACAGCACAUUGACGCUGUAACCGGACUUUACACUAAAUCUCUACAGUGUCUGCUGAGGGACUCUCGCCUGAAACUUCUGGCAAAGCAGGAGCUUCAGAUGACUCUCCUCAAACAGGCUGUCGGGAUAUAUCUCCAUCAUGGUAUCCAUGAUUUGAUCUUUAACCUUGUGGGAACUCUGGAAGCCAGCCAGGAUGCGUCUUUCAACAAAAUCACCAGGAGCCUUCAGGACCUGCAGCAGGAGGACCUGGGGGUCAAACCAGAAUUCAGUAUAAACUUGUUCCGAGCAAAGAGAGAGCUGAGUCAGCUCAACCAGCAGACGUCCCCCCUCCUCAAGGUUCAGUGCCUGCGCAGGGUUGUCCUCGCUGCCACCCAGACACCCAGACGCACAACCAAUAUCGAAGCUGUGAGCGCAGACGACCUGCUCCCUGUCGUCCUUUACCUCCUCAUCAAGAGCCAGAUCCCCAACUGGAUGGCCAACCUGAGCUACAUGAGGAACUUCUGUUUCAGUACCUCCAGCAAAGACGAGCUGAGCUACUGCCUGAGCACGUUUGAGGCGGCGGCGGAGUACAUCAACCUGGGGAAGCUACAAAACACGUCCUCUGUCACAGGGGAGCUUGGUGACAGAGCACUGUUCAAGGAGAGGAUGAGCGUGCUAACUCAGAACAUGGCCGCACCCAUCCAGCAGCUGUUUGAGCACAUAGCGAAUGGAAACGAAGCCAACGUGGAGCGUCUGCUGAGUGAGAGUGAAGGUGAUGAGGACGUCAGGAUGUGCCAUCCUCUUUGUUCCUGUGACCUGUGCGACGGCCGCCGCUCUGGACAUUUGAACGACCUGUCUGUCGUUACGCCGUUCUCCAGAGACGACAGAGGUUACACCCCACUGCACGCUGCUGCCAUCUGUGGUCAGGCGCAGUUGAUCGACCUGCUGGUUCAUAAAGGCGCUCCAGUCAACGCCACAGACUACCACGCCCUGACACCACUGCAUCUGGCCUGUCAGCGAGGGUACCAGGGCGUCUCACUUCUGCUUCUGCACUAUAAGGCAAACACAGAUGCUCAGGACAACAAUGGCAACACACCUCUGCAUCUGGCCUGUCAGCGCGGCCACGAGGACUGUGUAAAGGCCUUGGUGUACUAUGACGUCCAAACCUGUCGCCUGGACCUGCAGAAUGAUAAAGGAGACACUGCGCUGCACAUCGCAGCCCGCUGGGGAUACGAGGGAAUCAUCCAGGUUCUGCUGGAGAACGGAGCCAGCACGCACAUCCUGAACAAGAACAAAGAAUCUCCACUGCACUGUGCUCUGAACUCUAAGAUUCUCAUGCUGUUGAAGUCGACACAGAACAGCCAUCAGCGCAGCAGAAAUGAUUCUCCGAGUUGCUCCCCCCUGGCGUCGGACUGCAGCAGCAGCCGCCGCUCCUCCGUCUCCAGCACGUCUUCUGUCAGCUCAGAGUCCAAACCCGAGGCUGAAGGCGUUCGACACAGAGAGGUGGAGAAGCUGCUGCGGGCUGUAGCUGAUGGGGAUGUGGAGAUGAUGCGCUACCUGUUGGAGUGGACAGACGAAGAGGAGGAUGAAGGAGAGCUGCGGUCUGAGUCCCGCCUCUGUCAUCCGCUCUGUCAGUGUCCCAACUGUGCUCCUACCCAGAAGCUCCCUGUGCAGCAGGCCGGAGUGCUGGGAGUCAGCAGCUGCAACGCAGACAGCUUCACGCCGCUCCACGUGGCCGCGCUGCACGGCCAAUCGUCCAUAGCGGCGCUGCUCAUCCGCCACGGGGCCAACGUCAACGCCCGCACCAACCAGAACGCCACACCUCUGCACCUGGCCAGCCAGAACAGCCACGUCCAGGUGGUGAGAUUUCUGUUGGAGUGCAACGCCAAGCUAAACAAGAAGGAUCACUACGGAAACACGCCUCUGAUCCACGCCUGUCUCCGUGGUAACCUGGAGACAGCCAGCACUCUGCUGCAGAGCAACGCGAUGGUGAACGUGGCGAACCUGCAGGGCAACACGGCUCUCCACGAGGCGGUGCGAGGAGGACACCAUGCUCUGGUGGAGCUGCUGCUGAGGGCCGGCGCCUCGCCCGGCCUCGUAAACAAGAGGCAGAGGACGCCGCUGGACUGCGCUUAUGAAAUGGGUGGAAAGAACACUGAAACAUUGAGGGCUCUGCAGAAAGCUUCAGGACUUUCUCCUGAGGCGCAACCAAUCAAACUCCUCUCUGUGCCUAAAGGAGCUCUGGCUCAUUCGUUGGUGCAGCGGCUGAAGCUGCAGGACCAACCCAACGGCAGGAGGCAGAAACUGGCCCAGUCUGUCAGCAGGAUGCAUCACAUGAGAAAAGGUUCGUGUGGCUCCCCCCCCAGGAGUCCACCAUUCCUGAACAACCAGGUGAACCCAGAGCGGAGGAGGCUGAGGCGACGGGAGACGGUGGAAGUCAGCAGCCACUUCGGAAGCCCCGACCUUCCGCCUCGACAGAAGGAGCGGCCGAUGGUUCGUUGUCACACGCUGGACUGUGGGGUCCCAGCUGAGCCCCCAGCCCACUCUGAAACCGACUGAGACCUGCCCUGAGCAGAGACUUGACCUUUCAAUUCAAGAACAGGUUUAGAGUUUCAUUUGUAAACUCCUUAUUCUGGAUUAGAGACUAAAACACUGGUUGGCUUCAUUCUGUUACCAAACAGGCUAAAAGGAUAAGUUCCUAUCAUGGUUCCUGUUUUCAGGAAGGUUCUGCACCUGAUUGCUCCCUCUGCUGCCGAGUCUUCUUGCUGUUGUCACGUUAGUCACAUCACUGCAGACCGUCUUCCAGUCCACACCGUCAGACCCUCAAUAAGUUUGACCAAAACCAUUUCCACUCUGUCUUUUCUGAACAUCCACUGGAUCGCCGGCGGUCCCUUGUGUGUAUUUACAUUAAACACAGCAGCACACUCGAAAACAUCACUGGUUAAACUUUUGCCAAUAUAGACGUUAUACAUCCUUAGAAAGCUUAGAACCCUUACCCACUGACCGAAAAACCCAUUUAAACCCGGGAACAGUGGACUUUUGGUGGCAGUAGGAACAGAUCACUGAUGCUGCUACCCGGGUCAAACGACCCGUGUUAUAAUGCACUCGGCUCCGGUCCAUGUUGCUCUCCAUUAUUUUCCUGAUUUCCGUUGCCCUGGUGACAUCAUCAACAUUCAUCCAUGAUGGUGUCAUCAGACACGCAGUGGUGGGAGAGUACAGCAUAGUGGCCAGGCAGCCGCCGGCAGAGGGUUAGCAUUUCACUCAAUCGGGAAAAGAGCCAAAAGCUGAUUGUUAGCGGCUCAACCCUGGUUUUCAGUGUGAAAGCAGAUUUAGAUUCUCCACAAUCCAACCAACAAGUUCAUUUUAUAUCCACCAUGAGCACCAAAGCACAAUUAAUAAUGUAUAAAUAAUGAAUUUUAGAAAUAAAGCUGGAACUUCCUGCCUUUGAAGCGUUCCUAAGGUUGGAUUAUAAAUCCAAUCUUAGAUUGUUUAUAAUCUACGGAUUAAAAGUAUUCCAGCAUAUUCACAAUAAAAACAACCCAUGAUGAGAAAAUCGGCACAAAUUACGACAUUUUUUUUUUCUUUUCUUACUGCUAUUCAGAAAAGACCUCUUAUAUUUAAGAAGAAAUUUUGAGUAAUGCUUUAACUGCUGCGGUUUAGACUGUUUUAGACUCACUAUUUUCAUUUAUAUUUUCAGAAAGAAGAAGCUUUCAAAUGAUAUAUCACACAUUUAAUUUGGGCUUAGUUAUUUGCUUUUCCAUUUGGGUAUGCAAAAAGACGAGGAUGACUUAAAAUUAGGUGGAUGUUAAGAGGUUUUAAACAAUAUGGAUUCAAAAAAGAAAAGACCUCAAAUUAGGAUGAAAAUAUUCAAACGUCUGGGAUUUAUUUUCACAUUACUACAGCCAGUUUGUAGGACGUGAUUAAAUACGUCCUUAAAACUAAUUUGGCGCUUUUCAGAGAGCUGCACUGG